UUCAGUGGAAAAUUAAUAGUAGUGGCUGGAGAAGUUAGGGGGGCAGCACUGGGCAGUCGGGAGUUAGGGUCGAUGGAGUUUACCCCGAUUCCGUCUCGAGAGUGUUCUCCACGGUUUUGUGGGCAGGGGAUCGAGAGUCACGUGAGGGCUUCACAAAUAAUCACCCGGUGGAGGAAUUU